ACCUGCAAGACACGAAAUCUUCCGAGGACAAGAAAUUAGAUGACGACAAGAAGGAUAUCAAAUCCAUUACUAGGUCAAGAUCUAGCAAUAACGAUGACGAAGACCUGACACCGGAGCAGAAAGCGGAGCGGGAGAAGGAGCGGAGGAUGGCUAACAACGCCCGCGAGCGCCUGCGGGUCCGCGACAUCAACGAGGCGUUCAAGGAGCUGGGCCGCAUGGUGCAGCUGCACCUCAAGAGUGACAAGCCCCAGACCAAGCUCCUGAUCCUCCACCAGGCCGUGGCCGUCAUCCUCAGCCUGGAGCAGCAAGUCCGAGAAAGGAAUCUGAAUCCGAAAGCUGCAUGUCUGAAAAGAAGGGAAGAGGAGAAGGUGUCCUCGGAGCCGCCCCCGCUCUCCUUGGCGGGGCCUCACCCCGGCAUGGGAGACGCGUCCAAUCACAUGGGACAGAUGUAAAAGGGUCCAAGUUGCCACAUUGCUUCAUUAAUACAAGAGACCACUUCCUUAACAGCUGUAUUAUCUUAAACCCACAUAAACACUUGUCCUUAACCCCUUUUUUUGUAAUAUAAGACAAGUCUGAGUAGUUAUGAAUCGCAGACGCAAGAGGUUUCAGCAUUCCCAAUGAUCAAAAAACCGAAAAACAAACAAAAAAAAAAAAGAAAGAAAAAAAGUGCAACUUGGGGGAUGACUCUCUUUAACAUAUCAUUCAGAAUGUUCAAAGCAGUAUGUGCAGGCUGAGACGCAGCCCAGAGACUGAAUGGCAAUCUUUCCACACUGUGGAACAAUGCAUUUGUGCCUAAACUUCUUUUGGAAAAAAAAAAAUAUAUAAUUAAUUUGUAAGUCUGAAAAAAAAAUAUUUAAUUUAAAAAAAUUGUAAACUUGCAAUAAUGAAAAAGUGUACUUCUGAAGAAAACUACAUGACCGUUUUUGUUGGUAUUCAAGUCAGCUAGUGUUUAUAAUUACCGGAUAUCGAAUAAGGGAAGCUCGGCUGCCCUCGUAACAAAACCAGCAAACAUCCUGAUGACAGCGAAGUGAUGACAUUAGCCAUUCCUUAGGGUAGGAGGAACAGAUGGAUCUUAUAGACCUAUGACAAAUAUAUAUAUAAAUAUAUAUAUAAAUAUAUAUUAAAAAUUUAGUGACUAUGGUAAGCUUUUGUUCAUUUGUUUCAGACUUUUUUC